UCAUUUCGAAGCCAUUUCAACUCCGAAGUCAAUAACUGGAAGCCUUUGUUGUAAGUAAAAGAAAGGCUUCCUUCAGUGAGCACGCAGUUGUCUUUGAAUAGAAUUCCACACAACAUGGAGACUGUUCUUUCCACUCUCUCCCCACCUUUGGAAUUCAAGGGUUUGAGCGAGGAGGAGCAAGACGCAUUGCUUGGACAAGUUGAAAUAUGGAGGUACAUGACAUGCUUCACAGACUCUGUGGCCUUAAAAGCUGUCAUAGAGCUGCGCAUAGCUGACAUAAUAGACCGCUAUGGUAAACCACUAUCAUUGUCUCAAAUUGUGGAGAACAUCGAAGAUGCACCCUCCCCGGAUGCCUCUUUGUUGCUAAGAGUGUUGAGAGUGAUGGUGCGAAGAAAGAUCUUCAGUGCAGAACAAUCAGAAACUGGAGAAACCCUCUAUGGCUUGACACGUGCUUCCAAAUGGAUCCUACGUGACACAAAGAUGACCUUGGCACCCAUGUUGCUGCUAGAGAACCACCCCAUUCACCUCAACCCUACCCACUACAUCAGUGAGAUCAUCAGAGAAGGGACCAAAAAUGGCACUGCCUUCUUCAGGUUUCAUGGUCAUGAGCAAUUUGAUAUGACGGGUUUGGAUCCAGAAUACAACAAGUUGUUCAAUGAGGGCAUGGUGUGCACGGCUAGGGUUGUGUCCAAGGCUGUCAUCAGUGGCUACAAAGAUGGGUUCAACAAGAUUAAGUCCUUGGUUGAUGUGGGAGGAGGCAUUGGAGGCUCUCUCUCCGAGAUUGUUAGGGCUUACCCUCACAUCAAUGCCAUCAACUUUGACUUGCCUCAUGUGGUUGCCACUGCUCCCAAGUAUGAUGGAAUCACCCAUGUUGGUGGAGACAUGUUUGUGUCCAUUCCCAGUGCUGAUGCUAUUUACAUGAAGUGGAUCCUGCAUGACUGGAGCGACGAGCACUGCGUGAAGAUAUUGAAAAACUGCAGGAAGGCAAUACCAGAGAAGACCGGAAAAGUGAUCAUUGUGGAUCACGUGCUGCGACCUGAAGGGAACGAACUCUUCACCGACGUUGGCAUUGCAUUUGACAUGAUGCUUCUCGCUCACAACGCUGGUGGCAAAGAGAGGACCGAGGAGAAUUGGAAGUGGCUAUUCAAGGAAACAGGAUUCGCACGUUACAACAUCAUCAAGAUCAACGCUCUCCCAUCCAUCAUUGAGGCUUUUCCAAUUUAAUCUGAUCAAACCACUGCAUGUGGUUCAUGUUGUGUUAUAAUUAUUGCUCUUGUUAUUAUUAACAGCAAUAUGUUCUUUGUGUUUUGUGGCUUUUCUAGCCACUCUCUAGUCUCUACUCUCUAGGCAACCCCUUUGGUGUCUUACUUUAAAUAAAAUGCCCACCAUCACCUACGGUUCAUGGGCUGUAUAAGUUCCAUCAAGUGAGUGGUGUGUCACGUGUGGUUGUGAAGAAUCUAUUGCUGUUAAUGAAUUACAUCAUUAGUGUGCAUGUGCAA